AUGGCGAAAGGAUCACGUAGCAAGACCUCUGCUACGCCUGCUACACGAAAAAAGCAUGCGGCUGCGUCCGCUGCAAAGCGCGGUGAGGCAAGUGAGCCAAAGGCCCAGCCUGCUGCUCCCAAGCCGGGCAAGCCGAACGCGCCUGGCCAGCCGAAAAAGAAGCUCUCGAAAAAAGAGCGCAAGGCCCUUGCCAAGAAGAAGGCCUGGGUACCGCCGCCCAAGCCGCCCAAGCAGGCACCAUACCCCCUUGAUUCGAUGGGCUUGGCGAGCCUGCUGCCGCCUGACCUGGUCGUGCUUCUGCGCAAGGCACUCAAGAAGGAUAUUAUCACGCGCGUCCGAACCCUGGAAUCCCUGCUUGCGUGGAUCCAAGGCCGGCCUCAGCAGGCGCACGAGGCGCUGAGUGUCGAAGAGAGGUGCGAGGCCAUUGCGCUGAUGCUUCCGUGCUGGGUGUAUUUGUUCCCCCGCUUGGCACUCACGCCGUCGCAGCGGAUCCGCCAGCUCACGCUGCAAGUGCACGACGCCAUCUUGGCGUUUCCAAUGCCGCACCCCGAUGCGUCCUGUGUGCGUGAUGAGCUUUUGUCGUACACGCACAUGGCGUCCAUUCUUGGGUUCUGGGCCGUGCUCUCGCAUGAUACCAGUCGCACGGUCACACGACUGGGCAUGCAGGUGUGGAAGACGUAUGUCGCGUGGCAUGAGCCGAACGCGCAGCCGACGAAGCUGUCCUUGUACGAAUAUACGCAUGUGCUGGUGGAUCAUCUGCGUCCGAUCCUGCUGAGCCCUAUGCCGGCCGCCGCGCUGGCUCAGAUGACGCCGUCGCUCCAGAUCACGCCUGCGUCGGCGGACGGCACGGAGCUGCAGGCGAAGAAUCGUGACGAUGCGCAUGUGGACGAGAAUGCCGAGGAGGUCAAUGGCCGACUCGUGGCUGGCGCUCUGGCGGUGCUGCAUGGGCUGCUCGAGACAGCCGCGGAAGAGCUGAUGCCUGAGUUGGACGCGUUCUUUGAGUCCGCACAGCUUUGGUCCGCGCUGCUUUCUCGCGAGGCGCUGCGCGACGAUGACGAGCAAGCGCAUGGUGCGUCGUCGCCCGUCACGCGGCAACGUGCGUGGAGCCUCCUAGCGCUUCUUUGGCGUAUCGACGCGGCGUGUGUCGAUCGGCACAAGGACACGAUCCUGCCCCUGGUCAUGCAAGCGGCGUUGGCUGAGCGUGAUGUCGCGGUGAUGCAGGAUAUGCUGGCCGUGUGCCUGCCUCUGCUGCGUGCGUAUCCCAGCGCGUGGAUCGACGACGAGGACGAGAACUUGCUGCCGCAGUUCCAAGCGUGGGUCCAGGUCAUGGCGCCUCUGGUGCCGGCUGCGUGCUUCCCUGCGGUCAUUGUGUUCCUGUCGACGAUGCCGCCGGAACUUGUGCCGCACGCGUCGACGUCGCUGCCGAUGAUCAUGGAGCCGCUGCUGAGUCUCGCGCAAGUCCUGGCUCAGGGUAUGUCGCAUCCGCGCGCAUGGGAUGCGUACAUGCUCAUGGUGUGUGAGUGCUUGCGGUUCAUGGUGCGGCGCGUCGCGCCUGACACGGAGGAGACGCGCGCGUAUGUGGCAGAUGAGCUGCAGUGCAUGUACUCGACGAUGGUCCUGCCCUGCGACGCACUGCCUCUGCCUGAGCGCCUUCGCGUCAAGUCGGCGCGUGAGCUGGGCCGGUGCCUGGCUGCGCUGGGUGAUAGCGUGCCGGAGGGGACGCUCGCGAUGAUACACGCAUCGAUCGCGUCUAUCGAUGUGGCGCGCGACGGUCCGGCGCUGACUGCGCUGCUCGUCGAGAUGGCCAGCGCCGGUCGCGCCGAUGAUGCGCUGGCGCAUGCGCUGCUGCAGCGCCUUCUCGGCGCAUGGGAGCCGUCGUCAGUGGCGCUUCUCACGCAGCUGCUGGAGUCCGACCUGCGCACGCAUCUAACUUCCGGCGACUUGGCCGACAGUGCUCUGCUCGUGGCGACGCACCUGAUCCCGAGCGACCUGGCGUCCGAGGCGCCAGACAGCGUCGUGUCGUUCUACACGGCGUACUUGCGUGUGUGCGCGGCGCCUGAAGCUGUGUGGGAGGCCCUUUUCGGCGCGACGCUCGAGGCGCCGCGCACCGUGCUGCCUGUCCUCGUGCGUGUGGCGCGAGACGCAGCGCCGUUCGCGUCGGCUGACCGGGUGCGUGCAUGGCAGCACGACAUGAUACCCCGGCUCAUGGCGGAGCCGCGUGCGUGGCUCGCGCUCCUCGAUGCGCCGCCCGACACGCUCUUGAACCAGGAGACGAAGGACACGUUGAUUCGCACGCUGAUCCACACGGCGCAGCAUGUGGACGCGUCAGAGCAGCCGUCGUUCCUGCGCAUCCUAUGCACAUGGAUCGGCACGCGCCCUCACGAGCAUGCCCUGCAGGUCUGUGCUGACGCCGAGGCCGUCGCGCACCUCGUGCCCCUCGUGUGGCGCACGGGCUACCUGCGUGAUCAGCAGGCCUAUGCGCGCACGCUGUGGACCUACCUCACCGACGCCUCCGAGGCGCUGUAUCCGCAGGCCGUCGAGGUCCUGCAAACCGAGCUGCUGCAUGGCACGACGCCGCCGCGUCGAAUCGCGGCAGCGUCGCGCGCCUUGCCGCCGGCGUUGGCCUCUCAGGUGGGUCUUAGUGCCGAGCACCUCACGCACGCGAUGCAGGACGUGGCGGGCGCCGCGACGAGUCCGCUCGUGGCCGUGCACGACCCCAUCGUGCCGCUCGCGUCGACGGCGCCGCCUCUCGUUCCCGCACACAUGGCUCGGCUCCUGCGCUAUGCGGAGGCGUGCAUCGAUGUGCCGCACACGCUCAGCGUGGCGCAGACGCUGCCGCCGAUAGCCCUCGCUGCCAUGCUGCUCGAAGACGCCCUGGUGAUCGGUGAUAAGAUGGAGCAUGUCUUUACGUCGCCGCGUGACGCGCAGGCAUGCCUCGUGCGCCUCGUGCAUGCCGUGACGCGGCAGCUCUCGUCGCUCGCCGCGCAUGUCUCGGCGGACUGGCACACGAGCGCCGCGGCCGCGAUGCCCUCGUACGACGGCUGCGACGCGCUCACGGCGCUCCUGCACACGGUGUGGACGUACGCCGUGCGCACCGACGCUCUGUCGUACGCGCGUCUGUGGUCGCGCCUCCUGUCGGGUGUCCUGUCGCUGACGUCCGCAUCGUCGUCCGAGGCCGACGUAUGGGUCCGCGCCUGCCGCACCAAGUCGGCGCCGCUAGCGUGUGCCGUGCUGUGGGCGACGCGCACGCGCCCGACGGCCGCACAUGCACGCUGGCGUAACGAGCUGGCGGCGGAUCUCAGUGGCGUGCCGAGCGCACGCGCGAACACCGACGGCGUCCGGCUCCUGCACCUGCUGCAGUGCGCCGCGCCGCCGCAGGAGACAGGCGAGGCGCUCAUUCCAACGCAGCGUGCCAUCUUUGUGCUCCAGACGCUGCAGCGCUGGGUCACGAGCGACGAUGACCUCGACGAGACGGUGUUUGCGCUCCUCGCGACGCUGUUCACGCACGUCGCCCCCGUCGUCCAGAGCGUCGCGGGCCGGCACCUCGAUAUGAUGCUCGAUGUCGUGGAGGAGAAUAUCCAUGCCGUCGUACUCAGCGAGCCGGCCGGAUGGCCGACGCUCCUGAGCACGCUGAUGUUGCUCGACACGCUGUACGCCCUGCGUUGCCACGAGCAUGUGCAGAACGCUCUGAGCGCGCACCGCAGCGCGCUCGUAGGAGCGCUGCACGACGCAUUCGUGCACGUAUGUGCGUUUGUGGCCGCAUCGCGUCCGACGCCUCACGACGCGCUCGAUGCGUGCACGGAGCGCCUCGCGCGCCUCGUCGACGCGCACGUCCCUCCUGAGCGCUUCACGGGCCCCGACGACCACGACACACUCACGCGCCUCGUGUGCACGACCACAGCGUGCCGGGCGCUCCAAGUGGCCGCGCUGAGCAUGCUGGCGAAGGCGACGCAUGCGCGCGUCCGAGAGCAGGUGGUCGAGAUGGCGGUAGGCUCGCUCUCAGACGCAGCCGUGCCGCAGCUCAGCGCGCCGCUCGUCGCCUCGCUGCGUGCGCACGCCGGCUACACGCCGGCCGUGUGGGCCGACCUCGACCGCCACGCCGUGUUCUCCUUCCUGCUCCAGUGGCUCGCGGUCUUGGACCACUUUGUCGAGGCAUCGCUGCCGCUGCGCACGGUCUUUGCGAGUGAGCUGCAGACGCUGCUGCCGACGCAGUUGCUGCCGAGCGUAUUUGUGCUGAUCAGCGGCGUGCCCCGCGACAUCCCUGCGCUCGACGGACUGCGCUACGCGCUCGACGAGGUCGACGUCGCGCAGCUCACGCCGGCCUCUGUGCCGGCGCUGCAGGGCCUCGCAGCGCACGUCUACUACCGCACGCUCGUGCAUGUGCCGACGCAGGUGCGUGACUGGUGGAUGAGUCUGCGCGACCGGCAGCUGUCGAUGCGCGUCGCGCACUUCACGUCCCGCUUCUGCACGCCCGUGCUGGCGGAGCGCGAGCUGCGGCAUCUCCGCGACCCAGCGGCCCUGUCGCGUCUGCAGGACGAGUCGAUGUCGGUCAGGAUCCUGGCGUCGAACGAGGUCGUGGCCACCUACACGGUCGACGAGCACCCGAUGGAGAUCGGCGUGCGUCUGCCGUCGGACUACCCGCUACACGGCGUCGAGAUCCGCGACUUGAAGCGCGUCGGCGUGAGCGAGGCCCAGUGGCGCGCCUGGCUGCUGGCCGUGCAGCAGCUGCUCAGCGGCCGAAACGGCCUCAUCCUCGAUGCCCUCACGCUCUUCAAGAAGAACGCCGAGGCCAAGUUCCAGGGAUACGAGGGCGCCGAGUGCGCGAUUUGCUACUCGAUUAUCAGUCCUACCGACCAGUCGCUACCGACCAAGCCCUGCCGCACGUGCAAGCACAAGUUCCACGGCAGCUGUCUCUUCAAGUGGGUGAGCACGAGCGGCGCAUCGACGUGCCCGCUAUGCCGCUCGAUUCUGUAG